AUGCUGAAAGAGUUGCAGAUCUCCCUUGUUAUUAUUCUGAUGUUUGUUUGCGGUUUCCUCUAUGAAAUUAUCUUGAAACCCAAAUGCUUCUUCCCCUGCAUCCCCACCUUCAAGAAUCUCGUGAAACUGGAGGACGUCGUGACCCACGGCAGGGGCAUCUUCUUUCUGGAGACCUCUGAUCGCCUGGAGCCUCCUCCCUUAGUUUCUUGCGCUGUUGAAUCUGCUUCCAGGAUCUACCGUGACAGGCCUGUGGUUUUCUUUCUGAAGGGACUGAAUGGGAAUUUAAGUCACCUGCCAUCCAACUCCACCAACAAAGCACUUUCUCUCUUGUCCAGAAUAGCGAAUGUCUUCCUUUUCCCAUUGGAUAUGAAAACUCUGCUCCAAGAGACCCCACUCUCUACAUGGUACUCCCAAAUCAACCCUCAAGCCCAAAAGAACUGGCUCCACAUCAGCUCGGAUGCUUCCAGGCUGGCCGUCGUCUGGAAAUUCGGCGGGAUCUACAUGGACACCGACGUCAUCUCCAUCCGCCCCAUCCCCUCGGAGAACUUCCUAGCGGGCCAGUCAUCUCGGGACUCCAGCAACGGUGUCUUCGGCUUCGUCCGGCACCACCCCUUCCUCUGGCAGUGCAUGGAGAACUUCGUCGAGAACUACAACGGGGACGUCUGGGGCCACCAGGGCCCCGCGCUGAUGACGAGGGUGCUGGAGCUGUGGUGCAAUCUCACCGAUUUCCAAGAGGUGACGGACCUCCGCUGCCAGAACCUCUCCUUCCUCCAUCCCCACAGGUUCUACCCCAUCUUCUACCCCCAGUGGAAGCUCUUCUAUGAGGUCUGGGCCCAGCAGCCGACCUUCAACGACUCCUACGCUCUGCACCUGUGGAAUUACAUGAACCAGGAGAAGAUGGUGAUGGUUCCGGGGAGUAACACCUUGGUGGAAAACCUCUAUAGAAACCACUGCCCCGGGACGUACGAGAACGUUAUCCGAAGCACAGAAGAGAGGGGUGAGCUGGUGGAGCCGGGUGGGGUGAAGAAUGGCUCAUGA